UGUCGUAGUAAACUCGACCUUGCAUAGGAAAUUAGGACAGUCUAUUCGGAUUUAGACAUUUAUGAUGUUAUGUUAUUAAAAUGGCGGGUGCAAAACCAGCCGUUCAUGUUGUUCAGUUGAAACCCAUUAGUGUUCCCGAAAUUCUUGUGAAAGGGAAUAAAUUUAUAAAAUGGGACGACAGUUCAACAAUUGGUGUACCAGUGACACUGAGGGUGGAUCAGAAAGGAUAUAUACUGUAUUGGCGAGACCAAAAUAAGCCACCAGGCCAGCCGGCUCAUGAUGGAGGUGACAUGGAUUCAUUGGACAUCUCCAUUAUCAGAGAUACAAGGACUGGGAAAAAUGCUAAAGUACCAAAAGGGGAAGGUAAAUUACGUGAGUCAUGUAUGAUUGGGCCACAAGAUGUUCCAAUAGAAGAUAAAACAGUGACAAUAGUUUACGGUACAGAUAUGGUGAACACGGAGUUAGUAAAUUUUGUGUGUGCCAGUCGGGAGCUUGCAGCACUGCUAAGUGAAGAGUUACUGAAGUAUGCCAACAACUUGCUGGCCCUGAAUGGCAGCUGUCUAACAUUCCUUGAGAAAGCUUACACAAAACUUGUACAUGUACUAGAUGUAAAUGGAAAAAUACCGGUGAAAAAUAUUAUAAAGAUGAUAACUAAGGACAAUAAAGAUGAUAGGAGGCGUGUUGAGAAAGCUAUAGAGGCAACGGGAUUCAAAGCUUCAAAAAAUGACACAAUAGAUCCGAACAAGUUCACAUUUGAUGAUUUCUUCACAGUAUACCGACAUCUUGUUGGUCGGACAGAAUGUGAUAAAGUCUUUGAUGAAAUAGGGGCAAAGAAGAAGCCGUAUUUAACAUCGGAACAAUUUGUUAAAUUUCUGAACAAUGAGCAGCGAGAUCCACGUCUGAAUGAGAUUUUAUACCCGUAUUACACGCAGAAACAAGCACUUGAGCUAAUACACCAGUAUGAGACAAAACCCAACAUGUCCGCUAAAGAACAAAGUAGUUUGGAUGAGGGUCAUUUUUCUCAGGAAGGCUUUCUGAAGUUUUUGAUGUCGGAGGACAAUAACCUGAUACCAGCAGAGUAUCUAGAUCUUAGCCAGGAUAUGACCCAACCUCUCUCUCAUUACUUCAUUAACUCCUCCCAUAAUACCUACCUGACAGGUCACCAGUUGACAGGAAAGUCUUCAGUAGAGAUAUAUCACCAGGUGUUAUUGAGUGGUUGUCGUUGUAUAGAACUCGAUUGUUGGGAUGGUAAAGGAACAGAUGAAGAACCACUUAUAACACAUGGUUUCACAAUGUGUACUGAUAUUCUCUUCAAGGAUGUGAUAGAAGCCAUUGCAGCAAGUGCCUUCAAAACCUCAGAUUAUCCUGUUAUACUUUCCUUUGAAAACCACUGCUCGGUUAAACAGCAAGCAAAGAUGGCUGCACAUUGUAGAAAUAUAUUUGGAGAUAUGUUGUUAGUUGAUCCGUUAGAAGGAUACAGUCUUGAACCCAACGUUCCAUUACCCAGCCCAGAACUCUUGAAACAUAAGAUCAUCAUUAAAAACAGGAAAAAACAUUUUCAUAAGAGUAAACAAAAAGUAACAUCUCCGAAAACAUCCAAUGCCAGGAAGCCUGGUAAACAGAACAGUUUAGAUGGCAGUGGUGAAGACAGUACAGUAACAGUUAGUGUUGUUGACAUUGAAAAAACACCCGUAUCAAAGACCGAGAGUCCUGAAAGCCUUGAUGAAAGCCAGAAAACUGAUAAGCCUGGUGUUGAGGAUAACAUGUAUGAUUCGGAAUCAUCAGAGAGUGAUGAUGAUGAUGAAGUUACUGGAUUGACCGAGGAGGAGGAGAAGGAAAGACAGAGGGAGAAACGAGAAAAGCGUCACCAUGGUAAACAUGUACAUGUACUGAGAAUGAACUGGAUGGAGUUAAAGAAAGAAAAGGGUACCGCAGGUUCCGAGGCAGAAGCUGGUAUGGAAAUGUCUGAGCUCGUGAAUUACGUGCAACCUGUUCAUUUCCAUUCCUUUGAUAUAUCCGAAAAAAAGAAUAGAGCAUAUGAGAUUUCCUCGUUUGUGGAGACCCAGGCGACCAAUCUACUGAAGGAAUACCCAGUCGAGUUUGUCAAUUAUAAUAAGAGACAGUUGAGUCGUGUAUAUCCACGAGGGACCAGGGUUGACUCCAGUAACUUCAUGCCACAGAUAUUUUGGAAUGCCGGUUGUCAACUUGUAGCCUUGAAUUUCCAGACAUUAGAUUUAGCUAUGCAGCUUAACCUUGGUAUAUUUGAGUAUAACUGUAAGACGGGCUACAUUCUAAAACCAGAUUUUAUGAGACGUCAGGAUAAACACUUUGAUCCCUUCGCAGAAUCCACAGUUGAUGGUAUCAUUGCUGGAACGGUUUCUGUCAAGGUAAUAUCUGGUCAGUUCCUGUCAGACAAGAAGGUUGGCACAUAUGUGGAAGUUGACAUGUAUGGAUUGCCUACAGAUACCCAUAGAAAGAAGUUCCGAACUAAAACUGUUCAAAACAAUGGUAUCAACCCAGUCUAUGACGAGCCACCAUUUGUGUUUAGAAAGGUUGUUUUGCCAAACUUAGCUGUGAUCAGGAUAGGAGUAUAUGAAGAAGCUGGCAAGCUGAUUGGUCAUAGAGUGUUAACUGUGGAAGCUCUCAGACCAGGGUACCGCCAUAUAAUUCUACGCAAUGAAAAUAACCAACCUCUGAUGUUACCGACCUUGUUUGUUUAUAUAUCUGUGAAGGAUUACGUGUCGGAUAUGCAUGCAGAAUUUGCAGAGGCACUAUCUAAUCCACUACAGUACCUUUCCAAGUUAGAUCGUCACGAGAAACAGUUAGAGGUUCUGUUUGAUGAGGAGGAAGUUGAUGAUGAUGAGCCAGAUUCUGUGAUACCAGACAGUGGUAGACGGCUCUCAAACCCGUCACCCAUCAAACCACGACGUAACGGCAGUCUGCCUAACGUCUUCAAUAACGGUGUGAACGAAACACCGAGACUGAUCCGUACCCCAUCAAAUCCACAGCAUUCUCAACUUAGCAAGAAAGAGAGCAUUAUUUCCAGUAUCUCUACACAAAGUGAUAAUUCUGGAAGCAUGAAAAAACUUAAAACUAGACUCAGUGGUGUAUCUGGUGUUUUAUCUGGGGUACCUCGGAUGCCGUCCAAUGAAAAUGUGGUGAUGGGUAUGUCUAUAGUUUCUACAACUAAACUCAAUGAGCCAAGUUUACUGAUCCCCACCCCUCUACCAGAACUGAAGAAAGAGAAAACCUACUUUAAGAUGUUAGUGAAGAGAGACAAGGAUCUGGAGAUGCUGAAGAAGAAAAAUGAAAAGGCUCAAGAGAACAUGAGAGAACUGCAUGCUAUAGAAGAGGAGAAGUUGUUAUGUUGUCAAGCAAAGGAGAGAGCUAAUUUAGAGAAAACUCAUGCUAAAGCAUUGAAGAAAGGUAGUAAAACAAGUCCACCUGAACAAAUACAGAGACAAAAUGCAGAGGAACUAACUAAACUACAAAUAGAACACGAGGAAAAGUUGAAAGUGUUACGUCAGUCACAUGCUGAAACGUUUGUGGCAAUGUGCAAGUCCCACUUUCAGUCUGACCUUGAUGUAAACAUGAAACAUAGUGACCCGAUCUACGAGGCUCUCAGAAAAGUAAUGGACCAAAACCAUAAAGAACAUGAACAAAGACUCAAGGUAAUACAUGACCAGGAAGUGAAAGAUCUGACCAAAAGAAUGGAUGCUCAAACCAAAGAAGAAAUGAGAAAUCUACAAAAGAAGCACAGAGACAAACAAGCAUUUAAUAGAUUAAAAAGAGAAAACCAGAAGAAGCAUAUAGAUACUGUAGUCAAUGAAAGACAAAAGUUAAAAGAAAUACUAGAUCUCCGGCUAGAUGAAUUAAGGAAGAAGUUAGAUAUAGUUAAAGAGGAUCUGGAGAGAGACAAAUUUACUGUAGAGAAGCAGUUUAGUGACCAGUUUAGUGAGAAGUGCGCCAAAGUUCGGGAACAGCAUCGUCAUUUAUUAGAAAUGGACAAUACUUCUAACUCUAAUUCCCAUCAUACUACCGCCGAUGGUAAUGAGGAACACUACAUCAAAACACAAUUAUAGCAUUCAUUUAUGUUACCAUAGCAACACUUGCAACCUCGACAACAAUGCGGCAACACAAUGGUUGUCAUAGAAACAUUAGAAUAUGCAUGAAAAACAAAAGAGAGUACACGUCUACCAAGGUGAAGGUUGUUCUAGAAAUAUUUGUUUGGGUUUUAUUUUUUUUUUAAUUAUGACUUUUUGUUAUAAUUAUGGCAUGAUUUUAUGAUGAUUGUGAGGUGUUUCUACACUACUUUGUAAAAUAUCAUAAUUUUUUAUUUUUUUUUGCAAUUUUAUGUUCUUUUUCUCAGGUUUUUGUUCAGAAGUGAUCAUUCUUUAACAUUAAAGAUUUAUAUACUGCAAUCUUUAAAGAUAUUACUUUCCUUGUUGGUCUCAGAAAUUUGUCAGAUUACAAUUAAAUAUAUGACCUUGAAGAUUUAUGCACAUUUUCUAGGGGAUUUUUUUCUUAUUUUUCUAUUUGUACUGUGGAAUAGUUUUUUAUUUACAAUAGUUUGAUGAAUUAUUGAUAGGAAGGUUUAUGUAUAUGUUUAUAUGCACAACUGUAUGCAGAUUAGGUUAAGAUUGAGGUAAAACAUCAAUUAAAUUACCAGUUGGUUAAAACAUUCCUAUACUGGGCUGUUUCCAUUACAUGGCUAACAAUUUUCUAUUAAUAUUUCAUAAAAUAUCUUAUAGUAUUUUGUUGAUAUUUCACAAAAUAUCUAACAGUUUUCUGUGUAGGGAUAGUCGCAAUAUUGUUACAGUUUGCCUCACAAUUCUUUAUUGACUCCUUCUUCCAGCAUUAUAAGCAAUAUAUCACAUGUUUAUUGUGUUAUUGUUAGUGACAUUACUUCAUAAUGUUGAUAUUUUAUUUCUCUAAGUAUAAAACCCCCCAAACAAAACCUUAUAUAUGUUCAUUUAUAUAAUGGUAGUUAGUUGUUUUAGGGAAGUAACAUCUGAUAUCAAUUUUUUUUAUUCACUGUAUACAGCUUUGUCUAUAAUACAUCUUUAGUUUUCAUGUUCAGAUUUUCCAAUGUUUCCAAGUUUGACAUUCCAUUUAAUGGAGAUUAGUAAAAUAUUUGUUUAUAUACUACCGUAAUUGUGUAAUAAACAUUGAUAUUUGGGUAGUUCAUGUAAUUAGCUGCAAACUGUGUCUGUAUUAAUUCAUGAAAUUCAAAGAAGAAACUGUUAAUUUACAGAACUUGUCAUAUGUAAAAUAUUUUUCUUGCAAACCACUGUCAACCAUGCUAGUAAAAAAUGUCUGCGGAAGAAAGACCCUCGUUUAAAGGAAGUUCUUUAUACAGGUCAGUUUGAAUAGUGAAUACUGAAAUAGAAAAGUUGUAGCAAUUAAAACAUGAUUGAAAUAGUUGUUUUGUGUGAGGACACAUUUAAAUGUAACACUUAUAAUUUUCUUCAUCUAUGCAGAUUUAUAAUUCUCAAGAAUGAGUUUUUUGUCAAGGGAAUAAUUUGCUUAAUGUGAAAGAAAGCUGUUAUUCUAGGGAAAAGUUUGUAUGUAAAGUCUAUGCACAAACCUUAAUGUUAAAAGAAUACAGGGUUAUUAAUUCAUGAAAUAAGGGCAUUUUGUUAAAUGUUUUGUAAUAACCAUCUUAAUGAAGUAUUUAUCUUUCAUGUACAUCAUUUUAAACAUUUCUAAACUUGCCAGUACUAGUACAAUGAUAUAUACCAUCUGUUUUUACAAGUUUUAAUUUAUUCUAGAAAAUUUAGAAAAGUUGCUGUGUUAAAUUUAGAUAUUCCUGUAAGAUUUCAGUCUACGUCCAUUCCAGUAAUAGCUACAAUUCCUGUAACACGUUUGUAUUUAUUGUCUGUAGAAAUAGGCUCAAAAUUAUUUGUUUCCUUUUAGUUUAAGAUAAGAUUUCUUGAAUAAAUUGUUGUGUCCGAACUACAAAAUAAAAGGAAUCGUAUUAGUUCCUGUCAUAGUUUGUUGAUGAUAAUUCAGGUUUUAAUUACUCAGAAUGUAGACGAUCUUAAAAGUGUAUACUGAGUUACUGAUUUUGACAAGAAAAAUAAAAUUCCAGUUUAUUAUCUUUGACCUUUGGUCAGCAUAUUUCUUUAACCCUGUUGUUAGUUGAAAAUAAUUGGGAAAUAAAAAACAGAUUUAAUACAAUUUCUACAUGUGUAGUGUAUUGAUUUUCUACAUGUGUAUUGUAUUGAGUAUAUGUAUUUAAAUGUUAUUUGUACAUGUGUAGUGUAUUGAAGUUUAACAUGUGUAGUAUAUUGUACAUGAGACUAUUAAAUAUGUAGAUUUUUUCAAUGAAACAUAUUUAUGUUAAUUGUAUGUGUAAGAUUUAUUGACAGUAAUAACAUCGUAUGUUUUCAGCUGUUUAUUGUUUUACAUACAGAAUGUGACGCCUGUUUUAUUGUGUUGUAAACUGUACAUGGAAGUGUGCGUAAAAUUGCCCAGUCAUGGCACGUCUAUGUUGUCAUUACAAAUCAGAGUUAUUUGUUGUUCUAUAUAGAAUUAAACAAGAUUAUUUUUGCCCUUGCUUUCCUUUAUCAUAUCUUUACAUUUAUAUAUUUUAUCAUAAAUAUGCUGAAAUGAACAUUAACAAAC